CGGCAGAGACGUUAGAUGAACGAAACAAAGGGAAAGUAGGGCUCGCUGGAGAGUAGAGAGGUAGACUGGAAUAUAAGAUUUCCAAGAAGCGAGUAAGGUAUAAGGGGAUCUCAUAAUCUCAGCGGGGAACAGUAGUGGUGAUGGGGAUCUCCAUUCCGGUGGUGGUCGUGAUCUUGUUCCUCGACCUCUUCGCCUUUGUCCUCGCCGUGGGAGCAGAGAUGAGAAGGAGCACGGGGAGGGUGGUGCCAGACGAGUAUGAUGAGCGGACGUACUGCCAGUACGACUCGGACGCGUCGACGGCGUACGGGAUGGGGGCGUUCGGGAUGCUGCUGGUGAGCCAGGCGGUGGUGAGCGCCGUCACCCGCUGCCUCUUCUUCGGCCGGGGGCUCACUGCCGGUGGGCCUAGGGCCUGCGCCGUUGCUUCCUUCGCGCUCUCCUGGUUGAGUUUUGCGGUGGCGGAAGCAUGCCUGUUGGCAGGGUCAGCUAGGAAUGCAUACCACACGAAGUAUCUGGGCUACUACGCGAAGCGAGACUUGUCAUCAUGUGCAGCAUUGCGGAAAGGGGUCUUUGCAGCGGCAGCUGCAUUGAUUCUGGUUUCCAUGGUGGCGUCGCUCUUAUUUUAUUGGAGCUACUCGAAGGCUGACACUGGAGGAUGGGUGAGGCACCAAAAUGAGGGUGGCGUGGGAAUGGCAGAGUAUGGUCCAGAUAAAGGUGAGGCUGGAGUGCCCAAGACUUAAAGAGGUUCUGGUUGUAUAAUUCUGUUUUCUUAUAACGAUAUGAGAGUUUCUUUUGCUGUUAAGAUUAUGAAGUUAAUGCUGGUAAAACAGCAACCAGGGGGACAACCCUGGAAAAAGUCUCAUACAGUAAUAUAUCUUUCUGAGGAUCAUGUUGUUCUUAUGAAAGAACGAUAGCGGUUGGCCACUACUAAUUUCAUCUGGGGUCCUGUCUUGCCAGUUUUAUGUGAAUUCCAUCCAUCUUAAUGAGUGGAUUAGCAUCAUAA